AUCCUUUCUUCAGUAUUCACAAGGAUUAUUUAGUCUGUACAUUUGUAAAAUGUUACUCAAGAAAUCGCGUAAAAAUAAAGUUCACUUGUUGACACUGCAAGUCGUCAAUGCGACUUUUAUUACUAUUUUAUGAUGUCAUUCGUCCGGGCGAUAAUGGACGCUAUCAAUGUACGCUCACUUCAAUGAUGAAUCCCGCUAAAUCACGACUGACCAGUCGCAUGUGAUACGUGGUCAAGGCUACAUCUUAUUCUAUACCUUAUCAUUAAAGGCUACAUUUAUCUAACUAAACUCACGUAUCAUUCAGAAGUAAAAUGACAGUCAUGCUGUUGUCUCUAAUUCUCGGAGCGCUUAUAGCCCUCUACUUUUAUCUGACGCGAAAUUACAAGUUCUGGCAAAAACGUGGAGUGCCGUGCCUGGAUGGAGCCCUACCAGGAUUCGGUCACAUGUUGCCGGUGAUCUCCAUGAAGACGGAUUUCCCCGAUUUCUGUUGCAAGAUCUAUAAUGACUAUAAGGGUCGUAGCAUGGUUGGCAUCUACAACUUCACGUCGCCGUCGUUGAUGAUCCUCGAGCCGGAACUGGUGAAAACAGUACUGCAAACUAAUUAUUCGAAUUUCUCUGAGAAUACCGUCCAAAUCGAUCCCAAAGUGGACCCGCUCGCGUCACACAGUCCUUUUUUUACUAGCGGUGAGAAAUGGUUAGCCAGCAGAAAGCGCUUGACUUACGCGUUU